GCGCGCUCGCUUGUCGCGCGGCCGCACAUGUGUUUCUGUUUUGUGUUGUAGCAUUUGUUCUGGAAGCUCGUAUUUACAUUUUAAGUGUAUCUGGUGAGUGGGCUGGAGCCCUCGUCUGGGCCGGGAGGAGAAAGGAAGCCCUCCGAUCCGUCUUCCAGCUGCCUCGCCCUUUCUCUCCGGGUCCUCGGCACUCCAGCCAGCGCGACCAUGCCCAGGAAGAAGGCGGCGGCGGCGGCCUGGGAGGAGCCGAGCUCGGGCAACGGCACGGCCCGCGCCGGGCCCAGGAAGCGCGGCGGCCCGGCGGGCAGGAAGCGCGAGCGGCCCGAGCGCUGCAGCAGCAGCAGCGGCGGCGGCAGCAGCGGCGACGAGGACGGCCUGGAGCUCGACGGGGCCCCCGGCGGGGGCAAGCGCCCGGCGCGGCCGGCGGCGGCGGGCAAGGCUGGCGGCGCGGCCGUAGUCAUCACCGAGCCCGAGCACACCAAGGAGCGCGUCAAACUUGAAGGGUCGAAGUGCAAAGGGCAGCUUUUGAUUUUUGGGGCAACCAACUGGGACUUGAUUGGUCGAAAAGAAGUGCCUAAACAGCAAGCUGCUUACCGCAAUCUCGGGCAGAAUCUGUGGGGACCCCACAGGUACGGGUGCCUGGCGGGGGUCCGGGUGCGGACGGUGGUCUCUGGCUCAUGUGCCGCGCACAGCCUCCUCAUCACCACGGAAGGGAAGCUAUGGAGCUGGGGUCGAAAUGAGAAGGGGCAACUGGGACAUGGCGACACCAAGAGAGUGGAAGCCCCUAGACUUAUUGAGGGUCUCAGCCACGAAGUGAUCGUGUCGGCAGCAUGUGGGCGGAACCACACCCUGGCCUUGACAGACACGGGCUCGGUGUUCGCUUUUGGGGAGAACAAGAUGGGGCAGCUGGGCCUCGGCAACCAGACGGAUGCCGUCCCCAGCCCGGCCCAGAUAAUGUACAACGGCCAGCCAAUUACCAAAAUGGCCUGUGGGGCUGAAUUCAGUAUGAUAAUGGACUGCAAAGGGAACCUCUAUUCCUUUGGGUGCCCUGAAUAUGGUCAGCUGGGACACAACUCCGAUGGGAAGUUCAUCGCCCGGGCGCAGCGGAUAGAGUACGACUGCGAGCUGGUCCCCCGGCGAGUGGCCAUCUUCAUCGAGAAGACGAAAGAUGGACAGAUUCUGCCGGUACCAAAUGUGGUUGUGCGAGAUGUGGCCUGUGGCGCUAACCACACACUGGUCCUGGACUCUCAGAAGCGAGUCUUCUCCUGGGGCUUCGGUGGCUAUGGCCGGCUGGGCCACGCCGAGCAGAAGGACGAGAUGGUCCCUCGCCUGGUGAAACUGUUUGACUUCCCUGGGCGUGGGGCGUGCCAGAUCUAUGCCGGUUACACCUGCUCCUUUGCCGUCAGCGAAGUAGGUGGUCUGUUUUUCUGGGGGGCCACCAACACCUCCCGUGAGUCUACCAUGUACCCGAAAGCAGUGCAGGACCUCUGUGGCUGGAGAAUCCGGAGCCUGGCUUGUGGGAAGAGCAGCAUCAUCGUGGCUGCAGACGAGAGCACCAUCAGCUGGGGCCCGUCGCCAACCUUCGGAGAACUGGGCUACGGGGACCACAAGCCCAAGUCUUCCACUGCAGCCCAAGAGGUGAAGACUCUGGAUGGCAUCUUCUCAGAGCAGGUCGCCAUGGGCUACUCACACUCCUUGGUGAUAGCGAGAGACGAAAGUGAGACCGAGAAAGAGAAGAUCAAGAAACUGCCAGAAUACAACCCCCGAACCCUCUGAUGCUCCUGGAGACCCCUCCAAUUCCACCUCUCGCGGCAGCUGUCAUUUCCAUGUGCACUGGGACGUGACGUCAAACGAGGAAUUUAAAAAAGCAAAAGUCGACCGAAGGUGCAUUUUUGUUAGACUCCCCGAGGUUCCGUUUUAUAAGUGAUCCAACGUUAACUACCUUUUUCUGUAUGCUUUCCAAAGUAUGUUUUUUUCUCUUAAUGUUUAAUUAAAAUAUUUGCUCAUAGUUGACUUACCAUUCCUACAAAAAAGGCAGAAACUUUGAGCAAUCUAGGUUUUUUUUUUUUGCUUUUCCUGAAUACACUUCCCAAAACAUCCCUUCCCAGUCGUGGUUAGCAUUGUGACCCGAGUGGGUGCUGCGUGGAAGUGGACUCGCCAUUUGCUCA